AUGGCCGAGAUCAUUGACGCAGCGGAGCUUCGCCGCCGCUGGACGGACAAGACCUCCGCCGUCUUCAGCCCCCGCGACCGCGUCUCGACGCACGAAUUCAAGCCCUCCACCUUCGAGCGCGACUUCGAUUUCCAAGGAUGCGAGAGCAUCGUCUUUCUCAACGGGCAGCGCACCGGCAGUCCCACCGACGUCAUCAUGCUCGCCCAGGGGACGGGCCACAUCUCACUGCCGCCCAAUGUGCGCGUGCUGGUGCAGGGCGGCUACGUCCGUUCCUCCUCCUCGUCCGCCGACAGCAUUAUGGACGGGUCUACCGUCGUCGGCGGCAGCGGAGCCCGCGCCCCGCCGCCGAGUCAGGUGUCUCGGUCCAUGUCCUAUGCCCGUUCUUCGGCCGGCUCCGGGUAUAACAUGAACAACGGCAGUGGUAGUCGGGUCGGAGGAGGUCCGGUUUCUGCCUACGGUGGUGGUCAAGGUGGAUACAGCAGCAGGCGGAGCAGCGCCGACUCGUACAGGUCCAGGUCCGGGUCGGGCGGCUCGGGGUCGGGCGAGUGGCAGGUUGUGGAGCAGGCGGAGGGGUACAACUUUGAUGAUGGCAUGGACGAUGGCUGCAGUGUCAGUCCCAGUGAGAGCAUCAGCAACGCUGGCUCGCGCAGAUCGGGUUACCAGUACUAG